AUCUGCUGUAGCCUACUUUUGUUAACAGUUAGGCCUACUGUCUAAUAAUAACAAGUAACUUUUCGUGUAGGCUAGGUUAGAAUUAAGUCAUCAUAGCAUUUCAAAAGUUCGUGAAUUGAAAUCUAACAAAAUUAUUUUCACCAUCAUAUUGUAGACUGGCUAGGCUGCAAGGAUGAAUGCAGGUGAUGGACCACAUUAUAACGAAGCAACUGGGACGCCCACGUCUCAGGAGGCCAAUAAGCCUCUUCAUUCACUUAUUUUCGGUCCUCGUGUAUUAAAAAACUUCAGCCAACCAAAACAACGAACGAACAUCAGAGCCGUGACCUACAACAGCAGAGGGCAGAGGCUUAUCCUCCUGGACUCAAGGGGUUGCUCAAGCUGGUCACUGGCUCGCCAUAUUAAUUCAUUACGCAGGGAGUUGACAUUCCCAAAGUUCCAGUUCAACAUCCUCAUCAAAAUCCUCUUCUGCAAGGAAUUCAAUGUGUAUUUUGGCUUGGGAAAGGACCGCUCACUGAGGGUAUAUAACUGGAAUUUUGAGGAGACACAAAGAGCUUGCACAGAUGAUAGCUAUGUGGUCUCUCACCUUCUGUUCAAUCCUGUGCUGAAUGAAGUAAUCACUGGUGGCGACUGUGUGCGGUUCUGGAGCUACAGACGUGUGGAGACUAACAAAUUAAAUUUCCUCCCCAUGUCCAAUUAUCGCCUCGUUCUCAGGCACGAGUUUCGUCUGGAGGAGGCACGACGGUGCACCCAUAUGGAGCUGGAUGUGCCACAGCAGCGCCUCUACUUUUUCUCCCACGUGAACAUCCUGUGCUAUGAUAUGACGGGCACCAUAAUGGCGCGGCUCAGGAACACCCACAGUGGCAUGGUGCUGGCCUCAGUGUUCUCUCCUUAUGCCAGGAUGCUGCUGACGGCCGACAUAGAGAUCAAAGCCUGGAGUGAGACAGGUCAUCUCCUGCACGUGUUCCAUGGACAUAACCGGCCAAUCACCAGUCUCAUCCUGCAUCCUACCACACCAGCAAUCUUCAUCUCAGCCUCUUUUGAUUGCAGUAUUCGUCUCUGGUGCCUCAACUCUCUCUCCCAGAUCAUAAGCAUUCCAUGUUUAGAGGGAGUGGUAGGACUUGGACUGACUGAAGAGAACCUGAUGUUCUCAUGGUCUCUCAGGACUGUGCAGCUCUACCACCUCAACCACUUCCUUGACUUCUGGGGCUACCUCCGCUAUCCAGCCCUGUCCUUUAAGCUAUGCAAGGCUCCGGGCAAGACCAACCAACUUCUCACAUUAGGAGAUGGCAACAGUCUGCACAUCUUCUCCUGUUCCACUGGGAAGAAGCUUUGCCUGAUGCCCCCUCACCCAUUCCUCUCACCCCUGAAAGAGUUGCCUAGCUUUGCCUAUGACCGUCAGAAUGGCCUCAUUGCUUUGCUGCUAAGUUCCUGGGAGAUCUGGAUGUAUACAGCCAGAACAGACCCUGCAUGCAGAGUAGCUGAGUUGGAUGGGAGAGAAUUCCAAACACCAAACAGAGCUGGGCGGAGUCUACAGCGCCUAGAUGAAAUUAUUCAUCUGCCUAAAACCAAUGCUGUGGUGGAAAGCUGCACGAGCCUGAGCUUCCUUAACUCUGUCAUCUACUACCAGACAAUAGAGGGGCCUGUCUGUGCAAACGCUACUAGCUUCCUGCUGUGCGGCAUGGCGGAUGGACGCAUACUCUUCAUGGAUAUAGCCAUACGUAAUUUGAUGUACUAUGAGCUAAAAGUCCACAAAGAUCCUGUAGUGUGGCUGUGUCAUGACACAGAGCAGAACUGCCUGAUGAUCAUGUGUGAGGAGGUGGACAGACUGUUCCAGGCCUGGAGUUUGCCGCAACUGGAGACUCUAUACCAGAUAUGUGUUCCCAGCAGUAUCACAGCAUUCACCUGGAUGGAAGACCUGUUCUUUGUGGGCUUUCGCACAGGAGCAGUGAGACUGGUCAGCAUGGCAGAUUCAGGAGAUGGGAAAGGGAAUCCGAGGAGGUGGGACCAGCUCCCUGGAUCACACACUGCAGAUGGUGGGACGGAGUUCAACCCCUACUUGACACAAGACCAUAAAGGGGCGGUGCUCUCUGUGGACUCCUCCUCCUCUCUACAGCUCUUCCUAAGUUGUGGGUCCGACACGCUGAUUAAGCUGUGGGACAGACGGCGCACCCUGCUGGCCGAGGUGCAGCUGGACUCCUCGCUGAGCUGUGCGUGUUUCCUCAACCCCAGUGGUGACCUGCUGGUGGGCUUCCGCCUGCACCUCUACAAGCUGCCUCACCGCCACCUCUUCUCCUCUACCAGUGGCCACAUGCAGAGCUCAGUCUCCCAGGCCUCCUUGACCGAUUCCUUUGUCUAUGAGAGACCAGAAUUAACAUUUGAUGGAAGGCAUGACGACCCAAUCAACAUGGAGAGUUACAUUGAGCCAUAUAAAGGGUUUGACUUCAGUGUCCCUCCACCAGAUGAGGCCUCAUGUAAGGCUGAUGAAGAGGAUCUGGAGUCAGAGUGGGAAGUUCCUCAUGCCCCAUCCCUAACUUACCAGUCCCUGGAGAGUUGUGUCUCGAUCUACUCAGCAGCCUCAUCCCAAAGCCUGUUCCUUACGCCCGGGCAGUCCCUCACAGACAUUGACAAGCUGUUGGGCAAAGAAUGCAUACAAAUCGAAGAACUGGAAGGACCUUCCUCUUGCCUCUCCCCGAUCGAUGCCUCCUCCAGGAGCCAGACUAAGAGUGUAGGCCUGUGGGACAUGUCCACAAUUCUGGGAGCUUGGCCCACUGGGUCACCUGAUGUGAUGGACCUGACUCAACAAACCUCACUUGGAACAAGUCAAACAAAGACAUCUCCACCCCCUGACAUGGACAACCCCCCUGGAGAUCAGGGACUUCCAGUGUCUCGCUUUGCCAAUAUCCGCAUCAGUAUUUCUGCCAUGAAAGCGCAAGCGGAACCCCAAGUGAAUAAAAGUGAAAAGGAUCCUCCUCCCUCUCCUCCUCCUCCAUCUUCUCCUUCUUGUCCUGCUCCUCCUCCUCCUCCUCCCUCUCCUCCUCCUCCUCCAUCUUCUCCUCCUCCUUCUCCUCCUCCUCCUAUGUCAACUCCGCCUAAAGCCAUAGAGCUGGAAAAGCAGGUCACUUGUUUGCCGACUGAAAAAUCUGGCGCCAUCAGCAUUGCUCCCUCUGCUAAAAAACAGGUUUCAAAUUACAAGCGCUCAGUAUCCAAACCUACCCCCUCAACAACUAAAGCGGUGAGGAAGGCAUUUCAUAUCAAGACAACGGCAGCACAGAGACCAGCUAAAGCGCCCAAGCAAACUCAGGAGCCUCAGAGACCAGGCAAUGGGCCCGUGGACAGGUCUUCUAAGCAGAAAGACAUUUUGAGGGACAGGGUAGAUGGUGAGGUGAGAAAGGCGGCUCCCAUUUCACGGAUGCAGAAGAAGGUGGUGGAUAGCGCCAGCCCUCCGCCCAGACCCUGCCCUGAUGCUCAAGCACAGCAGGAGAGCAACUCUGCUCUAGGUGUGUGUGCUGUAGCUGAUUACAGCCGGGGGGAGGUGAGGGCGCCAGAGGAGCAGGCUGAUGCAGCUGGAGCUUCUCUUUUGAUGGUGAAGAGGAAACGGAGUCAGUGUUCCAAUGUGACCCUGACUGAUGCCACACCAAAGCAACACACCGAGUACCAAGGCAAAGACGAGGAGAAGAGAGGAGGUGGUGAAGACUCUUGUGAACCGAUAGGAAUGACGGGACAGGAGUCUAGUGACCGCUUUAGUGACUUAUAUGCAGAGCCCACGGUCAGAAAGCCAGGCCCAGAGGAGUGCACAAAGGAGCGGGAAAAGAUCAGCCAGGUUGAUGUAACUCUGGGGUGGAGAGGUAGCGCAAAAGCGAGGCUCUAUAGAGGGGAGAAGGCGCAGCAGGAAGAUGACUCUGACGAGGAGAGCAGCAGCAGCAGCAGCAGCAGCAGCAGCAGGAGCAGCUCAGUACUUAGGGGUGGAGGAGAUGAUGAUGAUGAUGAUGAUGAUGAUGAUGAUGAUGGUGUGAGGAGCGAGGAGGCUGACGAGGGGGAGGCCAAAUCUGUGCAGCCAAAGUGUGAUUCUUCACUGGUUCGCCCAGUGUCAGAGUUUUCCAGAACCCCUCAUGACCUUUCCAGUGUAAGAAAAGAGAUUUUGGCUAAAAUAUUCAGCAAGAGCUCCAUGUCAGGAAAUCAUGAAAAUGGGCAGUUUUCUAGGAGAAGCUCUACUAAAUUUGGCAGUUGGGUAUCACAUACGGAUAUCAGGGAUCUUGAUAACGAUGUUGCAGCGGAUGUGAACUCCUCAAAACAGGCUUCAAAUGAACCUGUACAACAAAUUUCCACUGACGACCAGAAGAGGUUGCGCAGGAAAAAACGACUCAAUGAGAGUGCUGAGAACUGGAUCAACCAAGAGCUUCUCCGACAAUUGUAUCUACAGAGGGUGCGGAGAGAGAGGCAGUGUCAAGUCCAGGAGAAGAGGGCUGACCUUGAGAAAAAAAGACUUCAGCGGUUGGUUAAGCAGCCAUACCAUGCUUUCUGUGGGAAUAGCAAUACAGGUCCUGAUGGACCCGCACGGCAUGGCUUUAGUGGUCAGCAGGGGGUCUGCUCAAUCGGCCAGCAGCCUUGUGGUCAAGGCUUAGGCCAGGGCCUUCCAGGCAGCAGUGGAGCUGCACUUCACCAGAGAGCUCACACUCACACUCAGGGAUUAGAGACAGAUCAGCCAUACAGACUCCAGAUGCCCAGUGUCUCUCAAACCUGUGAUGAUUCCACUAGACAGAGCACAAAAAAUCAGAACAGAGUUCUACCUCUCAGGCCUCACUCUAGUGCAUCCAUUCCCAGUAAAGGGCAUUUUAUGUUGACUCACUCCCUCCAUGUCCCAGUCAGUCACCCACCUUCACAGCUAAAGGAGAGACUGCUGAGAACUCGCUUCCCCAAGCAUCACAGAGCACUGUCAGCCAAGGGAAUAAUCCCCAGCCCCCUUCACACCAUGCACUAGGAGCAUACAACCAGAGAUUGUUUACCACAACAAAUGAGUAAAAGUAGCCUACAAAUACAUUUGGGGUUUUAUAUAUGUUUAGAUUGCUAUGUGGAUUCACUCAGAGACCUGACUACUCACUAGCCUAACUUAGAUAAUCUGAUUGCACAAUUGAAUAGUGCAACUACUCUGUGCUCAUCCACGAAUGUCAUUGUUAUCUCCACUCUCAUCAUUUCUGAGCGUAAACUUGCUUCGGUUUUGGAUUAUUUGUUUGUAUUGUGUUAUCAACCAAUCUAAGCUUUAUUAUCAUGAAUGAAAAAGAUGUAGAUAUGGACAGAGUUCCGAACUUGUCACCCGUCACCUGAAAAAAAUCACACCUAGUCUCUCCUUUACAUAUUCUCAGUCCUUGGAUGAACUUGGAUGAGCUGAGCUGCCACUUUUUGGGGAAAAGAAGCACUGCAGACUAGCCUACUCACAGUGUAGGUUAUCCUCCUGUUGGGGCAUAGGCCUACUCAAUCUGCAUGAUUUUAUGUGUAUUAUUUAAUAUUGUAUGUAUCCUAUAGUACAAUAAAGAUGCUUUUUAUAUGAUGGAA